UUAUGCAAAAUGGCUUCCGAAGAGAAAUUACCACUGCUUACAAAUGACGAUGAGUCUCAUGAAUUCUCUCGAUAUACACCAAAAAGUCUCAUACCUCCUUCAUUAAGACCGAUUUCAGAUGGGCAACCUGAAAGAUUAACAAUCAGUGGAAGUAGUAGUGUCUUGACUCUAGCUGAACAUGACUCAAUUGUAGCCUUAUUUGUCGUGGCAUUUGACACUCGUUCAGGAAACAUAAUAGAAUGGUGCGUUCCAGAAGAUACAGAUUUGGAUGGAGUUGAGUUUAAAGCAAUGACAAGUGGAUCUCAUACACUAAGUAGUGAUUUUGUUUAUUUUCGUAAAGAAAAUUAUUUUGGUCUGGCAUGUUUUGAAAAUAUGCGUGUUGAAAGUGAAAUAGAAAGAGGAGCUCGUAUGAAGUCAGUUGGAAUAUUGUCUUUAUCUUAUACAACACUGUACCGCCAUAUGCAGUUUUUAGAAAAACAAGUGAGGCACCAGCUGGAAACUCCUGGUAACUACUCACAACUCUUAGCAUUUUACAAUGAUCGUAAAGGAAUCUUGUCUUCAGAAUCAACUUCAGAAACUUUAAGAGCUUCUUCUCCAAGAUCAACUCCAUCUACACCUAACAAGGAUGUUCUUCCAGAAAUGAAAAUCACACAUCCAGCAGGCUGUUUUAGCCAGUUUAUAAGAUUCUUUGAAGAGCAACUAUUUGUCCUUUGGAAAUUUGCUUUAUUGCAAAGAAGGAUUAUUUUUUUCUCACCACCACCUAUUGGAGUUGUUUGUUACAGAGUGUAUUGUGCUUGCUGUCUUGCUAAUCACUCUAUUCAAGGAUUAAACAGCAUAGAAUUGCGGCCACAUUUCUAUGUAAAUGUAGCUGAUAUCGAGGUUUUAGAGAAUGAAGUUGCUUAUGUUGCUUGUACGACAGAAAAAAUCUUUGAAUCAAAAACUCACCUGUAUGAUAUUUAUGUGGACAACCAAAAUGUAAAAGCCUCAUCUAUUGCAAUGAAAGACCUACUCAAAGUUAGUGAUGGUGAUAGAGAGAAAAUUGUAAAGCUGAACAACCUUAGGACGGCACAUAAAUUUUCUACCCAAGAUCUAGGCGAGGAAUCAUGCACUAAUGAAGAAGAAAUAAUUACAAGUUUUUUUACAGAAAUGAAUGAAAGGCUUUUCCAAACUCUUCUGGAUAUCUCCCAGUCACAAGACCGCCAACUGACAUCUGACCACAUGAAAAGCAUUGGUUUGGAUCCCAUAGGAGACAGAGCCUUCCUGAUGGAACUGGUUGAACAUUAUGGCAUUGAUGUAGUCCUAAUGGUGGAUAACCCUUGUUGUCCUAAAUAAAAGCUCUAGCUUUGCUCUGGUGUUUCAUAUUCUGUAUGUUUCAGUACCAAAACACAACCAGCUAAACUCUACUGACAUUGUUUCUGGAAUAUUGUACCGAAUUUUAAAGAAGUCAAUGUAAAGUCAUAUGCAAUAAUGUCUGAAACCGAUCAUCAAUCUAAAAAAUAUACAGUAGUGCUUACUGUAAAACUAUGUUUGGUAAAAGAAUUCUUAAUAUUUGAAUACUCUACUUUAUUUACCUUAUUUAUUAAAUGUGAUUAAAAAACUGAUUUGCUUUUGUUUUAUUAAGGAGAUCUGUUUUUAAGUAACAUGCUGAAUAAGUUGAAAAUGCUUUUAAUGGAACAUGAUACUACUGCUACAUAAUUUAUUUGUUACAUAUAAUAUGCUCUCAAGUUACAUGUACUUUAUGUUUAAGCAGUUACACACUUUUGUUUUAUUACAUCUUUAUUUGGCAUUACAUAACAAGUUUUUAAAAGUUUAAGAUAGAUAUAGUCUUAAAAUCCAACAACUUCAUCAUUUUUUUUUUCAUUUUUU